AUGAUGAUGAUGAUGAUGGUCACCAUAAUCGCAGCAGCAGCAGUCUUAGUAGUAGCAAAGGUGCAACGACUGGAACUACGACAGCUGACCUUAUUCUUAUUGAUGGUCAUGGUGCCCCGGUGGGGACUGGGCACCAAGAUGAGGCUUCAGCAAGACGCUGAUGGUGAGCUUCAUGGGGUGAAGCAGGAUGACAAGAAAGGACUACCCUUUGGCAUCUUCAUAUUAAAUAACCAACUCAACAACAUGAAAAAUAGAACAAUUUUUGAAAACAGGCCCACGAGCCGCAUGAUUAGAAGAUCCUCAUCUACUAUGGUGAACUCGUCACUCACGUAAAACAUGAUAAGCAAGAGCUACGAAUCCACAAGCCAGUAAUACACUGCUGAACUAGGUGUAUUAGUGAUAUUAUAAAUGUGUGCUGUUCUUGUAUGAUAGCAAUAGCAGUCAGACGAGUAUAUGUAGGUCUGAAAUCUGCAGCGUUCAAAAUGUCGGUCUAGCCUCCAGAGUUAUUAUAUUUGUCAGCCUUCUAGAGUGUUACUCUUGUAUUGAAAAUUUACACUUAGAAGCAAGUAGUUAAGAAAGCCAGCGUCGACAUAUGUCUGCUAGUGAUCCUGGUGGACCAGUCAUGCCUAACCUAACCCAGCCCGACGCUGAAGUAGUUGACCACAAUGACGAGCAAAAUGUGACAAACUACAAGAUUGAGACUUUGUAACUACAGUGGCACGACACUCACGUCUGAGUAUUUCAUGGAGGGCAAUAAUUAACACACGUCGAAAACUAAUAUUGAGCGCUACGAUCAUGAACAAAAUGAGCGCAGGAACUGCAACUAUUACGACUGUGCCUACUAGCUGUAGUAAAUAUGUUUAUAAGUAACCACUGCUAGUACUAGAAAUAGUCAUAAGCUCCAAACUAUGAAGAGCCACUACCACGUCAUUGAAUUAUAUCGAACAGAACAAAUUCCCGGGCCUCGAGGACCCUUAAGGCGCCUCCAGUGUAUACAUUAAAGGCGGAGCGUGUGGCGCGAUUUUGAAUGUGCUCUGAAUAGAGCAUGAAAUAGAAGGCGUUGACGCUGAUGCUCUCUGGAUGUAGUAGUAAGAGUAGCAUGAUGAUGAACAAUUACGAAAGGGGUACGCCGUAUUAUGUUUGAGCAAUUUAUUACGUCCUGAGGAAUUAUUCCAGCAACUGCAGAAUUAUAAUUAUAUCAUGACUCCAGUCAGCAAUAAAGCGUGCAGGAGUAGAAUCCUCUACUUCAGGACCAGACGUUUGAUGUUACCACCACUGCCGGCAGUUGUGUUGCUCUCCUGAUAGUUCAAAUUUGGACCAAUAUCAUACACCUUUUUUUGCCCUUAUGGCAGUCUGCGCUGAACUUUGUGCGUACUAAUUGGUUGCAUUGCAUUGCACUCCCCGGGCCGGGGUGCCCCGGGAGACGUUAAGGAGGGGAAAAGGAUACUUUAGGGACGUGGGCGGGGGUGAAUGGUUUCACAAGGUGAAACGAGCGCCCGAAGGGCGCGUACUCCCCUCCGCGUUGCGGCAAAGGGAAGCGGGAGCGCGCUGGCUAAAAUACAAGAGGGAGCCGGCAGCACUGCCGCCGGCUUCCUUUGAAAGUGUGGCAGUGCUGCAAAUCUUUUUAGCGGGAGGCGUAUGACGUGCCUGCGAUGAUGAGGCAGGAAGAUCAGCGACAAGACCACCACAACAGAACCACUGAGGCCACCAGCAUCACCAUGCCAGCGCUAUCACCGUCAGCAGAAUGAUGAAGACCACGAAGGCCAAAGCCUGAAGGCGUUGCAACAAGCGCGCAGCAGCUCAAUAAGUAGACGGAAGCCGAUACAUAGCGACAAAGUUAAAAGUUGAGACAUUUCUGCCCUUGAAGUUUCGCUUUUGCGUUUAUUAGUUUUUCAACCAGCAUGCAUCGUGCUUUUUUUCAGUUUUCGUUGAGUUUUUUUAGGUUUGUAGAAGUAACCUAAAUAGUUUUUAGCGUAAGGCCUUGCUUGGUAUUUUUGAAAUUCUUAGGGGAGAAAAUGGCGCCCGCGCAGGUGAAAAAGGUGGAGCAGGGGAAGCACUGCAGGAAAGUGCCGGAGGUGAUUGAAGGGGCAGGGUGGAGGCAAGCGGUCGCGGCGGUGGCGAGUGGGCUCAAGGGCAGCAGUGGCGCGAAGGCACAGGCCUGCGGCGCCGGGCUUGGUGUGGUUCUUCGGAAGGGACGCCAGAAGAGUGGGGCAAGUGCAGCCGCGGGCAAAAAAACGCGCCAAGAAGCUGGGCCAGCGCACUGCUCAGACGUGGCGUCCUUGUGGGCGAGGCAGGAACGUGGGGCGCACGAGUUGGGAGGCGUCGGGCGUGUUGAAAGGCGUGAGAAGGUGGGCCAAGGUGCGGGGCUGUUGCUUGCGGAAAGCGUGAAAGGGGUAGGAGGGUGAGGAGAAGAAAAAGCGGCGAGGAACAAGCGAAGGCAGCGCAGGGAAAGGGGCCAAAAAGGGAAACAGGAAAACAACAAGCAGGAAAAGGAGGAAGAGCAAAGGACAAGGAGGGCCAAAAAGGCGGCGAAAAGCACACGAAGACCGGGCAGCAAGGAGCAAAAGCAGAGAGCAGGCCUGCCAGGAAAGUGGAAAGAUGAAACGCCAACGCGCGGGCGGGGCCCUUUUCGUGGGUUCUGGUUUUUUGGCGUGCAGCUUUUGCGCUUGUGUGUUCGUCAUAUCGGAAAAAGCGAGGGAGGGAGAACAGGAGGAAAAGAGAGAGGGCCCGCGGGUGCUCCUCAUCGGUGGGAAGAGAGAGAGAAAGAAGCGCAGGCGGCUGCCUGUCUUUGUCGUUAGUGCAAAGAUAGAAGCGUGGGGCCCGGGGUGUUCCCUUGAGAAUGAGAGCGAAAAAACGAGAGCCCGCGAAGGCUGUGCGCUAGUGAUAGCGAAAAAAGGGGGGCCCCGUUCGCCCCCAAGAUGGUCGCGAGAAUGAACGAAACCAGGGGGCGCCGGCGGGCAGUUAAAUACGCACCACCACGGGCACCAUUUUCAACGCGCCGGCUGUAGCUGGCGCGGGUGUCGUGUUGGUUCGUGGUUUUUUUCUUCUCUUCUCUCUCUUUGCUUUGUUCGUGGCCUCGUGUCUGAAUUAUAGCGGACAACAAGAGCAAAGGGAAACGGAGGCCCGCGAGAACCGUCCGCAAAGACAGCGGAAAAGGGGGGACCUUGUUCGCAAGAUGGUAGCAAGAACAAGCAGCCAGGAGGCGCCGGCGGGCAGUUGAACACACAGACACGACCACGGGCACCAUUUUCAACGCGUCGGCCAUAGCUGGCGCGGGUGUUCGCGGCUUUCUCUUCUCUUCUCCCUCUUCUUCCCGUUCGUGGCCUUUUGUCUGACUGAGCUAUAGCGAACAAGAAGGACAACGGAAGACGGAGGCCCGCGAGGGCUUCCCGAAAGUGAUAGCGAAUAAAACGGAGGCCCGCGAGGGCUGUCUGAUAGUGAUAGCGAAAGAAGGGGCGCCCCGUCCUCAAGGUGGUAGCAAGAACAUACAGGCAACCAGGAGGCGCCGGCGGGCAGUUAAACACGCACCACCACGGGCGCAGUUUUCAACGCGUCGGCCGUAGUUGGCGCGGGUGUUCGCGGUUUUUUCUUCUCUUCUCCCUCUCUGUCUUGUCUGUGGCCGCCCGGUGUCUGAACGAUAGCGAACAACAAGGACAAAGGAAAACGGAGGCCCGCGAGGGUCGUCCGAUAGUGAUAACGAAAGAAAGGGGGCCGGCUCCAAAGAUGGCAGUAAGAACAAGCAACCAGGAGGCGCCGGCGGACAGCUAAACACGCGCCACCACGGGCACCAUUUUCAGCGCGCUGGCUGCAUUUGGCGCGGGUGUUCGCGGGUUUGUUUGCUUGGCAAUGAGGUCGGGGCGAAUCUAAUCCAGGACGGGGCGGGGCUUCAUCUUUAUCAGCCAUAUCGUCAGAAGCUUUGGCCAAAGAAGUGCUGACAGGAGCCCCGGGGGACUUAUCCGAUCUGAACCCGUUGGAGCUCGAGAAAACGCCUCGGAAGUCGGAGGCUUUUGGGGGGUCGUUGCUUCGUUUAAAGGAGCGGGUGGAGGGUAAACUUCGGGCGAAGCUCUGGGGGCGAGGUUGUUUGGGGUGCGACGUGGUGACUUUGUCUUUUUCGUGGCAGGUCCCGGCAGCGGAUGACAGACCUGCCUGCCAGCUCCGUCGAUAGUGGUUGGAAAUUCGGGUGAGGAUCUGGAAGAGGAGUCCAUGGGAAAGAAGAAGAUGGCGGCUGCAGUUAUCACUGCGCCGGCUGGGCGGGUAAUUGUGGCUGACCCAAAACUGGAGGGCAGAUGGGAGGGCCUCCCGUCUCGUAUGCCGGAGGGGCAUAUGGCAGGCUGAGCAGGAAGGGGGCGCCGCUGCACUGGAAAGAAUGCCUCCGGAGCGGACGGCGAAUUCUGAGUUCUUGGCGCGUCGGCUUUCGACUUGUCAGUCUGAGUUUGUAUGGCGUGGGAAUCUAUUGCGUUCGCCUGCGGGUGAGUGCAGCCCCUGCACAUUGUUGGAGGGCAGGGACCAUCCCGCAGGGCGGCUUGCCGCGUGCAAUUUCCUGGGUGUCUUUUCUGGAAGGGUUUGGCACUUCCCGGAAGGGUAAGAGGCUGAGGGAUCUGCUGAAACAGAUGAGGGAGCAACUACAGCGCCCCUCGGUGGCGGAGCGCUAUGGGGGUACUUUCUUGCCUAGGCGUCGGCUUUAUAGGAAAACGGAGAAAACGGGGGACCGUGUUACUAUUUCUGGCGCGAUCGAUGGCCAUUUGAUGGACCGCGAGACGGUUCGGAUUUCUGACAGUGCGGCGCUUCGGCUCGGCAGGCGUGCGGCCUUGCUUGGGAAAGGUUGGCGGCGCUCUUUCAGGAGGCAGCAACUGCCGCGGCGAGACGUGCCGGGGAGAUCGCGGAUCACAGUGCUGGAAGAGCUCGCAGAGAAUAUUUCCAUGCCUUCAAGGACAGGCCAGACAGGUCGCAGCAUUCGCGUGAUCUACUUUCGCGACAGACCUGCCCACGGUUUCGGCGGCUUGGGGUCGUCGAGCGUCCUUCCUAGAUAGUGCCCCGCGUGCUGACUACACAGAGCAGGGCGGGCGGGAGUGCCAUGCGGGUCGAGUGCCGGCGGCUCUUUGUCGCUGCAAAUGUAGCGAAGGGCUGCGGAUUGGAUAGACGUGCCCGGGUCUCACAGAGUUCGCCAACGCAACACAACAUCGACGGCACCGCUAUCAAGUGAGACGCGCACGAAAUAGUUAGCGAGUGUCGACUGCUCUACGUCAGUCGCCUCGCGUUCUAUUUCCAUCGCUGCCGGUUAUGGAUGACGGUCGUCAGAUUGUUGACUGUGAUCGGGUGGGGUCUGAUAUUUGGGCAGGCGCGGACACUCAUUCGUGACGAAGGGGGGACGCCGUUCUGGAUUGCGCUGUGGAACCCCGACAGGCCUACCGCUCUGCCGGCCGGGUCGCCGUCAGGUUUCCUGGCGUCGCACGCUGUCGGAAGAUCGUUCGCGGCUGCGAGGAAAACAGGGGUGGCGGCCGGUCUGAGUUUAUUAACCACUACGGCCCCAUGACUGUGGCGAGGAUUCCACUGUCUCGGCCUUGGUUUCUCUGCAGGGUGCGGGGAUUCGGGCUGCGCUUGCAGAAGACCAGCGAGCUGGCGCCAAGGAAUGCGGUCCGCUGGUAAGGGCAGCGCAGGCGCGAAACGAAGGCCGACCAACGAGUCAAAUCGAGUUGGAUGUGGCUCGGGCUUUUGGCUCGGUGGCAACCAAUUGGUAGAGCACAUUGCGCUCGGGGGUCUGGGCACUGGGCUGAUGAGGGUGCCGGGCUCUUAGUGGCCAGACUUCAAGGGCUAGCUGCUGACAAGCGCUCGGCGCCAAUAGGUCAGACUAUAAUAAGGUCAGACGCUCGGUGCUGAGUAAUAAAUAGCAGUGGCCUCUGUGCCGUUAGGUGGUGGGCAGGUCUCGGCCUCGACGGUAACGGGCAAGCAGGUCUCGAGCAGACCAGAGUAGGAGGAUGGAAAGAAGGAGAAUAGAAAGUGCAAAAGGAGGGGGAUAGGAGGCGCAAAAGGAGGGGAGUAGGAGGUGGGAAAGGUGAGGGGGGGAACCGAAGGCGUAAAAGGGGGGAGAAUUAUAGGAGGUGGGAGGCAUCACACGACUGACGCGGGGGUCGUGGGGGUGCAGAAAAGGCAUCGAUACAAGUAGGCGCUAGGAGAACACAUUCACGAAGCAUCAUCCUGCGCGAAGAUGUAGCAAGUUUCUACCAUUGUACAGAUUGAGACACUUUGCGGCUUUGUGAAACAUCAAAAGCGACAUUCUUACUUUUUACUACGACAAAGCCGCAUCUUGAUACAACAAAGCGACAAAUGCGUAGCAAAUAACAGAUCAGCAAAAGGAACUUGUAAAAGUUUGACAAAGUAGUCCCAGGCACAUUUUUCGAAAAAAACCGUGGCGCACUCUCGUCCACCAGCUAGCAUAGUUAACAGCGCGAGUGCGCCUGUAAAUGUUUUUCAUCAUGGUCAAGAUCUGCCACGACAUGAGGAGCAGGAGCAUGGAAUGAGAAGAAGCAGUAGUAGUAGAGGACUCGGACUCCAUCGAGCAACACAAAUAGUAGCAGUGUGCUUGUG